AUGGCUGCCCUCUUUCCAUUUAUCUACACAAGCGGAAGAUGGUUACACCGGGAUAAAGCGCAGCGGGCCUUACGACGCAUCGAUUUCCAAUUCCAGGAACUUUGCAAGAAAAUCUUAUCAUUGUGUCCAGAUGCCUCUCACAUCAUGAGUUAUGAGAAAAAGGAGGGCGGUUUCAAUAAAGUUCUUAUAUUCCUCUUGAAUGAUGGAAAGAAAAUAGUGGCGCGCCUGCCAACUCAAGUCGCGGGUCCUUCGGCUCUGACUACCAACUCGGAGUCAGAUGACUCGAGGAAUCCUAUUGGUAGUGAAUACAUCAUUAUGAAGCAUGUAGAGGGUGUGCGGCUGCAAGAGAGAUGGUCCACCAUGUCCGGAAGUCAAUAUACUAAAUGCGUUCAAUCAGUCUGUAUGACGAUGCAGCAACUAGCAGCACUUGAGUUUCCAGCAUAUGGAAGUAUUUAUUUUGAGAAUGCACCAUUUGAAUCGACGUUAAAGGUACCUUUAAGCAAAGGUUUCUGUAUUGGAACCUGUUGUUCGACUAGAUAUUGGAAUGAUAGUGCUAGCGAAACGGAAACAGGACUUACGAGUUCUGCUGGCCCUUGGCAAGAUCUUGCGGCUUAUUCGUCAGGACUAGUUGCUAAUGGAUACUCCAAACUUCCAUCCUCCGACAUUGAUACAUCACGGCCUUCCUACUUUGGUACAGUAAAAGAACACCGGAAAUUGUUAAAUGCAGCUCAGGCAAUACUCCAAAGCCUGAUAGCGCAGCCGCAAGUCCAGAGUGCCUUGACACCAACUCUACUUCAUGCGGAUUUACACGCUAGGAAUAUUUAUGUUUUGAAUGAAGAUCCAACUCUAAUAAUAUGUCUCAUUGACUGGCAGUCGAGCUCAAUUGAACCGGCGUUCAUCUACGCAAACGACAUGCCGGAUUUUGCGGUCCUCCCAGAUCCUCGCACUGAAGAGAAGUCAUUAGAUGAAGCGACUUCGGACAAUGAACCACCUUUAUCUGAACAAGAUAUUAAGAUGCGCAAGGUCGCUUCGUACUGUAAUCAAGCCUAUGAAAUCUGUAUGAAAGCUUUUAUCCGGAAGCUACGGGUGGCAAGAUCAGUUGAUCAGUCACUUGUUCGGCCAUUCCAGUACUCCAAUACUUCAUGGAGGGACAGUGCGACCGCAGUGCGGCAAGAGUUUCUUGAUCUUGCAGAGAAUUGGAAUGACUUGGGCCUAAUUGGUGAAUGUCCUUACAUUCCCACCAAAGAAGAACUCGAGAUCCAUCGAAAAGCAUACAAGGCUUUUCAACACGUCCAGGAGCUCAAGCUGGUGCUCAUAAAACUGCUACGUACCGAUUCUGACGGCUGGGUACCUAUUGAUCGCUGGGACGAGGUGAGAUGUGCUCACAAAGAAGUCUUCAACACAGCUCUGGAAAGUGCCCGUGAAGAGGGGAGUGAGUCGACUGAGGUGAAGGUUAGGGAAUUGUGGCCUUUUGAUGAUUGGAAGUUAUGA